GGCAGGCAGCCUUCCCUCGGUGAUCCUCGGAGGCUCCGAUGGCCUCCACGUGGACGAUGUCCGUCGCGAUCCACCAAGGGAUCCAUCCAGUAAGAAAAAGGGGGCGGGGGGAGAAGGGGGGUUUGGAUAGAGAGGCGGUCGUUGAGUUGAUUGCAAAUUUUAUCUGCUCGAAGAAUGUCGGAACGGUGGGUCCCACCUUCGGAGUCCCGAGUCCCGAGUCUCGACCCGUCCCCUUAACUGGGCACAUCGGGUGCAGCGCAAGCCAAUGCUGUCCCGUACGAAGAAUGGGGAUGGAGUACCGAUCCGGAGCGUGCGCCUCUUUCUCCGAGCAACUGCGUACAGCAAAACUGCCCAGUACCGAGCAGUACAGUACAGUGCUGUGUUCGCUCUGCUCGUGCGAAGUUGACGUGCGGGCGUGAUGACCUGAACUGCGUUCGAUCGACGCUCUGACUCAUGCGUACGUGGUCGACGCCUCGGUCAGUACUGUGGUGGCAUAAAUGCAAAGAAACCUCGCCAUCUGUCGAACGGAGCGCGCCCGGCGGAAUGCCAACGACCGGCUCGUUCUCGAACAGCGAACGAGGGCGUUCAUGGAAUUGCGGACACGGGCUCGGACGCAGAGAGAGCGAGAUUCCCAUGGCAGGAGAGGAGGUCGAGGCUUUGGCAGCUCGUUCUCCUCGCAGGCAUGAGCGCAGGGUACACAGAUUGUGCCUCGUCCUCUGCUCGGCCUCGCGCGAUUUCUCGGCGGGAACCGUGCCGCGCGCAUUUUCUCUGUUGCGGAGAGUGACGCGCGAUUUCUCGGAAGUCGCAGAUUUCGAAGGUGCGUUGAUUAUUUGGUUCCUGUCGCUGUCAUUUCUCUCGGUCGCGAUGAGACCGCCGCCGAGACUUCGUGUGCAGGAAUCGGAGUACAGGGAAAUGCACCACGCGAAGCGCUUUGGGGAAUUGAAGGCGACCUCCAAGAAUCCGAGAUUGGUUCCCUGAGGGUCUUCGCUGUCUGUUUCGAAGGCAUCGGACUCUCACCAACUAAGAUGUCGGCAGACGUCAGUCGUUAAGGUCUUGUACCAGAAAGGAAGACCACACCAAGUACUUAUUCUACCGUCCCGCGCUUCAAUUCGCAGCAUUCAAUUUCCAUCGAAGGUGGAAAUUACGUGUACAUUGGCACAGCAUUACUCAGGUGUCUUCAGUGCGGCAUCUUUCAUCUACUGUGCUCUUGCGUCCCCGGCUACCGACGCAGAGAAAGAGGAAGAGAAAGGACUGAGAGGCUCACGUAUCCAAUGCCGCCAAGCGCUCCUUGCUCACCAUCACUUCCAGCGACCGCCUGCCAUAUUCAAGAUACAAGCCCGCGGAAGACAGAAGCGAGGGGAGUUCAGCCGUCGACAGAAUCCAUGGAGGCAUAGAGCGUGGCUGCUCCGCCAUCCGCCCACAAAGCUCUCUCUCCGGGAAAGAAAAUAGAAGUGCCCAGAAGCGGAACGCGAAAUUCGAUUCGAAGGCGGACCGCCGCAUCGAAAACGACAAACUCGGUCGGGAGUCGAGAGAGAAGCAGCAGUGGGCGGUCGAGCGAGUGCAUCGGGCGGGCUUCGUCUCCGUCGACGGAGGUGGCGUGUGCAGAAUAAAGGCGGAGGACACAGAAUGAGAGAGAAGAGCGGAUCGCAAACCCGGAACCGGUAUUUAUGGCGGUCUCUGCCAAGAUGCAACUCGCGCGACCGGGAAGCGAAUAGUUUCUGCCCUCUGUACGCUACUGCUGCUGCUGCUUUGGUCGUCAGAAUGGAUCCCCGGCUCGUCCUGCGGAAGGGGACGUUC